AGCAAGCACAGUAGGUGACAACAUCCUUACCAAAAAUGCUCUAUUAAAUACUCUGUUCCUGAGCCUCACCUAUUGAGAAGCACAGAUCUUAUUUUCAGGGAAUCCCCUUUAGGUUUGCAUACAUUUGCCAGACGGGGAUAUAUAGAUAAGGCAGAAAUAGCAUCAUGAUGUGCCAGUGUGGGAAAGGAUUUACUGCUCAACAGAUAAAAAUUAAAUAAUUACUUGGCACAGAACAGCUCAUGACCCAGAGCUGUAUCGGUCUCCUUUGCGGCCAUGUCCUGACAUAGGAAAUGGUGGGUGGAGAGUACAUAAAAUGGGGACAGGAGAGAGGAGUGGAUCUGGGAGCUGAACUUCCCCAGAGUACCUGGUCUGGGAACAGCCCUCUUCUAUCAGUGGGGGUCUUCCAGCUAUGAGUUGUCUCUCUGUGGAAUAGAAAUAACAAAACAUCUUCUGUAGCCAGAAGUGUUUGAAACAGCCCCACAAGCAGCUGUUGACUCAAACAUCUCCCACCUAAAACAGCUACAGGGCUGUGGGGUCCUGCUGGCCAGUAAAAGCCAUGGCUACAUUGGCAAGUUGUCCUAAAACUCACCACACAAGGAUAGCAGGGGGAGACAAGGACUCCCCAGGCAGAAGAUACCAGGGGAGACAUCAUCUCCAGCAACAGCCUGUGCCCAGGGAGCAGCCAACUCGUUUCCAUCAGAGCCCAUCUCCAGGGCAAAGGAAGUGCAAGGUGUCCUUGGCUGGUCUGGCCCUCGACCUCCACACCAACAUGAGGGAUUUGGGAGGGGGCACUGGUGACCCACAGAGGACACUGGCAGUGAGAAAACAACAGUCAACACAACCCUGGGCGGAAAACACCAAGUCCCACUGACAGCCCUGGCCUCGUGAGCCACCUAAUGCUCUCCAAACUUCCCCGCUCCUUAUCUGCCGCUCUCCCGCACACGCUGCCUCUCUGAUUUCUAUUCCUGGCCCUUUUAAUCCUUCCUGCCUGGGAAGCAAAUGGCCUUUGCAGCCUCCCUGCUCAGCAGGCUAUUGAAGUAAAAGGUUUGUUUUGCUGAGCAGAGCAGAACGGGCCCUGCUUUUACGAUAUUUUACUAGACGCUGUGGCAAAUCCUGCACAUAUUUGACCUGGUGUCUGUAGCAUUUAUCUAAUCAAAGGGAUCACCGUGGCCUGGCCGGGAUUGGGACGGAGGUCCCUGGGAUGAGGUUAUGGAGGGGGCUAUGCUCUACUCUUGCAUCUCCAUCCCAGUCUGCACAUCAUAAAACCAGUUUUUGGCAAGGAGUGUAUCUGCCUAAAGGAAGAGCCAUCAGCACAUGAGCUCUGGCCUGUCCCUCAGGAGCACUGACUGAAUGACUGUUUUCCUGCAGCAAAGGGUCAUUUAUCACCAUUGCCAGGUCAGAAAGCAGGGGCUCUCCCCUGUGCUCAGAUUCACUCCUGCAGACCUGUAGCCUCAGGGUAGAAAAGUUGUUUAGAAGUGCUAUGUAGGUCAUGGUUUUGGGGGACAGAGGGCUGCUUGAACAAUUCUGUGUGCUCCUAAAACGUGAAUAGCAAAUCAUCACUAGCAUAACUGCCCGAAGGCAUGUACUGGUGUGCAGCCAGAGAUUUUGGUGUCACAUUGUGGCAGUGAUGCCACCAGGGCCAGGGCAGCUUGUGGUGCCAGUGAUGCUGGGGCUGCACUGGGGUGCCUGGGAAGAACAAACACAAGGCACUGGGAGCCCAGAUCAGCAGCGUGUGGACUCAGUUGCCGCUGGUUGCGAAACCAUGGGGCUGUUUUCAAUGCAGAGUGAACUGAUACCAAAUCAUUAAUUGCUGGUUCUCUUGUACCAUGCGGCCAGUGCCGUUCAGAGAUCGAUUAAAUUCCCACUCAAUCAUCUCACAAUUGCACUGAAAAAUCUCAUUUCUGGCUGAAGUGGAGGAGGGAUGUGCCAUGGGGCAGCCAGGGAGGAGAGCACAGGCAUCUCUGGCCCCCACUGCUCAGCACCAGCAGGGUCAGACCCAAGGUCUGGGCGAGGCACAGAACCAGUGUUGGUGCUGACAGCAGCCAGUGCACCCGCAGAAGGAAAACUCCUGCUGCUCUGUUGUAACAUGUCUCAUGAAACUUUUAUGACGUAUCAGCCAAAAGCCAGGGCUGGGGGGUGUCUGGCAUAAAGUGAUUUCAGCUCUGGGACAGGAGCCACCCUGGCAAUUCCCAGGGUGUCUGUGCCACCCCUCGGCCCCGCUCGCUGUUCGGGCAUGGCAGCAGAAUGGGAUCUGUUUAUAGGGCAUCCAGCCCCUGUAAAACUUGGUUUAUAGGGAAGUUAAAGGAGUCAUACGUUUUACUUUACAUAGCAACGUGUAAAUUUCCAGGGGGGAGCUGACCUUCUCUGACCGUGAGGGAGAGAAAAGGAGAAGGAGUGGAAGGGAUGGAGGGAGCAAGAGAAGGGAAGAACAGGGGUGUAGGCAACCAGUGGUGAGGAAGCCAAUGACAGAAGUGAAGAAGAACCUUGUUCUCCUGGUAGGGCUUUUUCCAAGUUUUCCAGUCCAGGUAUAAUUAAGAGCAACACCAGCAGCUCAGCAUCAAGGUCAGUAGCCCUUGGUGAGUGCCUGCUCUUCUGGUGCUGCCUGCACCCAGGAGCCAGGAUCAGAAACGCCUUGAGAUUCAAUAAUAAACAGUCAACAAGAAUCACUGCUGCUCCACCAAAAAAAAAAAAAACAGCUUAGCAGUAUUCGGCAAUGGGUGAGAUGAUUAAAGAUUAACCCCCCUGCCUCCUGCCUCCACCCCUCUGGGAGUAUAGGCCUUGAGGCUCAGCAAAUCCUUUCAGAGAAAUAUCUGAAUUAAAAGACAACAGGUAGGGGACGCAGUGAAGGCAGAGGGAGGCAGGAGGGCCAAUAGCCUGGGACAAGGGAAUCGGUACAAUCUGGCCCGUGUUUGCCGAGGAUAAUGCGCCUUUCCAAAGCCCUCAUAGACAUGGAGAUGGCAGAUUAUAGCGCAGCGCUGGACCCGGCGUACACCACCCUGGAGUUUGAGAACAUGCAGGUGCUGGCUAUGGGCAAUGACACGUCUCCAUCAGAAGCAGCCAACCUCAACUCUUCCAGCAGCAUCGGGGUGAGCGCGCUGUGCGCCAUUUGUGGGGACCGCGCCACGGGGAAGCACUAUGGGGCUUCCAGCUGCGAUGGCUGCAAAGGCUUCUUCAGGAGGAGCGUCCGGAAGAACCACAUGUACUCCUGCAGGUUUAACAGGCAGUGUGUGGUAGACAAAGACAAAAGAAACCAGUGCCGGUAUUGCAGGCUUAAGAAGUGCUUCCGAGCAGGAAUGAAGAAGGAAGCUGUACAAAAUGAACGGGACCGAAUCAGUACCCGCCGAUCAAGUUACGAGGACAGCAGCUUGCCCUCCAUCAAUGCCCUCCUGCACGCAGAAGCCCUGGCACAGCAGAUAUCAUCCCCGGUUCCUGUGAUCAACGGAGACAUCCGAGGGAAAAAGAUUGCCAAUAUUUCCGACGUGUGUGAGUCCAUGAAGCAGCAGCUGCUGGUGCUGGUGGAGUGGGCCAAGUACAUCCCCCCCUUCUGUGAGCUGCCCCUGGAUGACCAGGUAGCACUGCUACGUGCACACGCAGGGGAGCAUCUGUUACUGGGAGCUGCCAAGAGGUCCAUGGUGUUCAAGGAUGUCUUGCUGCUAGGAAAUGAUCACAUCAUCCCACGGAACUGCCCUGAGCUGGUGGAGGUGAACCGUGUGGCCAUCCGCAUCCUGGACGAGCUGGUCCUCCCCUUCCAGGAGCUGCAGAUAGAUGACAAUGAAUAUGCCUGCUUGAAAGCCAUCAUCUUCUUUGACCCAGAUGCCAAGGGACUGAGCGACCCAUCCAAGAUCAAGCGGAUGCGGUACCAGGUGCAGGUGAGCCUGGAGGAUUACAUCAACGACCGCCAGUACGACUCGCGGGGCCGCUUCGGGGAGCUGCUGCUGCUGCUGCCCGUGCUGCAGAGCAUCACCUGGCAGAUGAUAGAGCAGAUCCAGUUCGUCAAGCUCUUUGGCAUGGCUAAGAUUGACAACCUGCUGCAGGAGAUGCUGCUGGGAGGCUCAUCGAGUGAAACGCCGCACGCCCACCACCCCCUGCACCCUCAUCUGAUCCAGGAGAACCUGGGAACAAACGUCAUUGUGGCCAACACAAUGCCUCCUCAGAUGCACAACGGGCAGAUGUCUACUCCAGAAACUCCACAGCCUUCUCCACCCGCGAGCUCAGGACCAGAGCAGUACAAGCUGCUCCCUGGAGCCAUUGCCACCGUGGCAAAGCAGCCCACCUCCAUCCCACAGCCUGCCAUCACCAAACAGGAGGUCAUCUAGCAGCCCACACACCACCUUUGGAAGACCAUGUGGGAGAAAAGCCUGAACUGACUCUGCCACUGUGAAAAGAGAAGCCACCCAGAGGUCCCUGGGCAUGAACACACGGACUUGCUUAUUGGACUGACCACCACCAGAAGCUGUCUGCCUGCAGCUACAGACAGCACGUGCCACGGGCAGCCCCGAGUCCCAGAACUAAGGCUGAAGCCUUGCUGAAACCCUCAGUCCUUGCAAGGAGAGCCAGAUUCCUGCCUCCCUCUGUGGGGAGGUCACAGUGACUGGCUGGGGAUGGGCUGUUGCCCCACUGUCACCUCAGUGCUGGUUCAGCACACACCAGACCCCAUGAACAAGCAAUUCCCUGUGCAUUGCGAGUGGAGGGCUUCCCUCCCACGGCCGUGCCAGCCCCCCUGACAGUCCCCAGUCCAGGCAGACUUGGUGGAGGUGGAAGCUCCCCCAGGAGCAUCACAGCAGGUGAAGCACAUGGGGUUUGCCCAGGCAGCACUGGCAGAACCGCUCCUCAGCCUUGGCUAGUCCCAGGUCUUUGUGUGGUGUCACCCUCCAGCACACUAAGCCCCCCAGCCAGGUCUAACAAAUCUUUUCAGCUGAUGCUGGGGCAAAGUUUGGCCCGCCAAGAUACUCCACUGCCUUUCGAAGGGUUUUGUUAUUUCUGUGCCAUGCCUGCCCUCUCACCACAAUGCUCAGAGAGGCAACCACUGCCAAGCUCUUCCCUUGCACCACUCACUGCCUCCUGGGAAUUUGAAGGACCAUGGGAUUCCAGAGAUUUCCACUAAUGGGAUGGGGUGACCCCCUUUACAGGCUGGCAACACUGCCCAGAAUAUCACUGGCCCAACUACCGCUACUCAGCAGUCAGAAGAAGACCACUGGAUGCCUAUUUGGGAGGAAGUGGGCAAAAGAUGUAGGAAGGGGAGAGACCUAUGAGGGUGAGAAGAGCUUGAGCCUCACAGAUUGGACCAAGUUCUUGGGCUUCCCAACUGCUGAGAGCACUGGGACCCAGGAUCUCAGUUCAGACCCAGCUUUAAUGCUAGGAUAUGCCAUACAAUCUACUUCUCCAGUGCAGUGCCACUCCUUCAGCUUAGAGUGAGUGGCUGAUAACAGAUUUAUAGGUCUUCCUAACAUGAUAAGAAUUCGUUAUGACUCAUUCAGACCUCAGAGUGUUUGAGAGCACCAACUUCAAAAAUUCAGUUCUUGGAGUCCUGCAGAGAAAAGUGACAGAGGUCAAGCAAUAACCCUGUCUCACCCAAGCCCCUUGGGUCUGCCCCAGCCUUGGGUCUGCCCGCCCUGCUCUGCUCCCUCCUGUCCCUGUUUCUCUGUGCCUGCCUGUGCCAAAACCCUGCAGAUCUGACCUUUGGUUUACAGCUGGAAUCAGGAAAGGAGCCCUCCUGCACCCAGCCCCUGCUUCUCCAGGUGCCAGCAGGGCUGGAGCACCCAGAGCCCUGCACCACUGCAGGCCUGAGUCAUUUCUGGCCUCUUGGGAGGAUGAGGGUGGUGGAACCACGGCUGCCAAGAGGUCUCUGGUGGGGACAAAUCUGAGCCAGCUCAGCCAGAGGAGCUGCAGGUCUGUCCCUUGAUUUCCAAUGCAAAAAUGAAACACCUCAUGCUGGCGGUGUCAGAGGUAUUGUAUGGUCUCAAUGCUGGUGGCAUCGUACCAAGUAAUUUAUUGCAAUGAUGAAUCCAAUCAUUUUCUGUAAAUUAUUUUGUAAAUCACAUUGAUUAUUUAUAAUUGGGAGAUUAAAUGAAAAAAACCCCCAACCCUGUAAUAACCAGGCUGUCUUUUCCAACUUCAGCAACCUUUUUUCCUGUACGUAGACAUACCUUGUGGGGAAUCCUUUUUGGUCCAUUUGCACCAAGUAUUCCUCGAUAUUGUACAUUAAUUUUUGCUGGUUUCUGCCUUCCAAUGGAAACAGAAGAAUAUUUCUUCACAAGAGUUUGUACUCAUUAAAAAAAAAAGAAAAAAAAGAAAAAUAAAUGCAAAAAUAUUUUCUAA